ACAAUGCCUCACCUGGCUGACCUAUGCUGUUCUGAAACCAAUCCUAGAUUGCUGCCCUGAAUCACACCUGCCAGGAGGAAAAAUCAAAUCCCAGUUUCUCCUAACCUGGCUCACCUGGUGGAGGCUUCAUUCAGGCAGACUGGGGAAAGGCAGCCAGCAGAGUCACUUGGGGUCUGCACCGUGGGAGACAAGAAUGGGUCUAUUCCUGCUCUUGGUGCUCAGCAUCUUGGCCGUGUGCUGCACCACUACAUCUGUGCCCCAGAAGGUUCCCAGCCACUCGCCUUUCUUUCUUCGUGGCUGCAAUGAUGCAGAUAUGCUGGCUAUGGCGGCAUUUGUCCUGCAGGACAUCAAUAACGACCUAAAGGAAGGCUAUGUGCUGAGCCUCAACCGAGUGAGUGCUAUCCAAGAACACAGACAGGAUGAUCUGGGAUCUCUGUUCUAUUUCACACUGGACGUACUAAGCACUACUUGCCAUGUGCUCAGCAAGAAGCCGUGGAGGGAAUGUAAGGAGAGGCUCCUGCAUGAACAGGUUUAUGGCCAAUGCAAAGCAUUAUAUUAUGUGAACAUGCCACUAAGAAUUCUUUAUUUACCUGCUUAUAACUGUACUCUUCGUCCAGUUUCUCGAAGAAAGAUUCAGAAUAUGUGUCCCGACUGCCCCAUCCCCGCUAACUUGUCAGAUCCCAAAGUUCUGGAAACUGCCAUUGAGACUCUUGAAAGAUACAACAGGGACAGCGAAUCGGGGCAGUAUUCUCUUGUCAAAGUCACCCAGGCUUCUAGCCAGUGGAUGUUUGGCCUCUCCUACUUUGUGGAAUAUUUAAUCAAAGAGUCACCAUGUAUUGAAACCGAAGCCAGUAGUUGUGGAUAUCAACCCACUGACUCUGGGCCUGUUGGUAUUUGCAGAGGUUCUCUGGGUCGAAGAUUUGAAGUAAAGCUUGUCAGUAUGAAUUGUGACUUCUUUAAAUCACAGGCUCUCACACCUGGAAAGCGGAAAUUUCCUGUUUACCAGAGAAACAAAAAACCCGCACAGUCACCCUCCAAAGCUGUGCUAAGUGGAUCUGUCCAGUACCUUCCUGAGCUGGAUGAUGAAGAAUCUCAGGAACUGGAUCCUGCGGAGGCCUUCCCUGUGCACUUGGAUCUAACCACAAAUCCUCAGGGAGAACCCCUCAAUGCUGACUUUCUCUUCCGGUCACCUUUGAUGAUUAAGAAGCUGAUUGUCCUACCUUUCCCCAAAGAAGAACAACGCUCUGCUGAGUGUCCUGGACAAGCCUAUUUUAGCAACCCUAUUAUUCUCCCACCAUGAGAACCACAUAGAGGAUUCCAUGGGGAUGUGGUGCCCUGCAGGAGAUGAGAGGUAGUGGGGAAGGGAGACAGAGAGACAGAGGGUUUGUGAACACAGAGAAUAGCUAAUA